GCCCCUUGGACCAGACCACUUCCAUCACAAUGAUCACAGGAGCUGAAAGCUUGGUUCUGGAUCAAGGCUGGCUUGCUCAGAAGGCUAGCAGCAUCAACGUAAGUGGGGAGGCGCUGACAGCAGAUACAGGGAGAACAAUUGGGGCAUGGGUUCCAGCCAUUGUUCCUGGAACGGUGUUGACCACUCUUGUACACAACGGCAUAUUCCCUGAGCCACUUUAUGGCCUGAACAACCUGGAAGUUCCCGACAUCUUCCAUGCUGGAAGGGAGUUCUACACGUACUGGUUCCGGACAGUCUUCCAAUGGCCUUACAACGCCAGACUACUGAAGGCAGACUCCAGGUUCUGGCUCCACUUCCGAGGGAUCAACUACUCUGCGGAAGUCUUCCUGAAUGGAAAACAAGUCCCCUUGGAGCAGCCGAGGGGAAUGUUUCUGCGGAGGGCUCUAGAUGUGACAGCGCUCGCAGAGAAGCGGAAGGAAAAUCGGCUCGUGGUUUUGGUACAUCCGCCGGACCACCCAGGGUGUGUAGAUGUACCCGGACAAGGGGCAGAUCAUCAGAUUGCCCACGACGUCGCUGCGCAAUACGUGGAAGGUUGGGACUGGAUAUGCCCUGUCAGGGACCGUAACACCGGUAUCUGGGAUCAGGUGGACGUCGAGAUCACAGGGCCCGUCGCGAUCCGCAACCCGCACGUGGUUACCCGUUUCCACGACAAGGACUGCACACGCGCGGUGCUGUGCGUGUCUGCAGAGCUCGUGAACAACAGCGAUCGUGAUUGGAAGGGGACAGUGCACCUUUCGGUCACUCGCAAAGAGGGCGGCUUCUGCUCAGUUGAGCGUCUUCACACCGCCUCCGUCCAAGUGGAAGCCAGCAGUGCGAACGAGCACCUCCUUGCACAGCUGGACUUCGACCGCCCCGAGUUAUGGUGGCCAAACGGCCUCGGCGCCCCGGCCCUAUACGACCUCAGCCUCGAUCUCGUACUGGACGGCUACGGCGACUCGGACUCAUCCGAGGUCCGCUUCGGCUUCCGGCACGUGACCAGCUACAUCGAUCCGAAGCUCCAGGGCCGCCGAUUUGAGGUCAACGGACGGCCCGUGUUCAUCCGGGGGGGCAACUGGAUCGUGUCCGAUGCGAUGCUGCGGCUGUCCAAAGAGCGCUACGAAGAGGAGAUGCGCUUCCAUGCGGAGAUGGGCUUGAACAUGGUGCGCGUCUGGGGGGGCGCUCUCGCCGAGCGACCCGAGUUCUACGCCGCAUGCGACGAGCACGGCCUGCUGGUGUGGCAGGAGUUCUGGAUCACGGGCGACUGCAACGGCCGGGGCGUCCCUCCAUCGGAGGCCAGCUGGCCCGACGACCACUCGCUGUUCCUGGAGUGCGCGCGCGACACGGUGAAGCUGCUGCGGAACAGCCCCAGCCUGGCGCUCUGGGUUGGCGGGAACGAGCAGAUACCUCCUCCAGACAUCAACGAGGCCUUAGAGAAAGAGCUCCGCCUGGAUGACGGCUCGGGCCCUGUCGGUUUACUGGACGGCACCCGGCAGUACUUCUGCGGCUCUUUGUGGGAGGGCUUCGCCAAGGGCGACGGGGCCUUCCGUGACGGGCCCUACACGAUCCAAGAACCCAGCCGCUUCUUUGAGGACGACUUCUACCCGUACGCUUUCAACCCGGAGAUCGGCAACGUGGGGGUCCCGGUCGCAGAGACCAUCCGUGCCACGAUGGACGAGGCGCACUGGGCGCCCCCGACGUUCCACACCCUGGACGACGGAUCGAUCGUCGAGACUCCGAACGAGUGCUGGGACUAUCAUACGUACAUUCCCUACUCGCAGGCGGGCGUCGUGCGCAACCAGAUUGCUCUGUACGGUAUCCCCACCACGCUGGACGCUUUCUGUGAUCAGGCCCAGUUGGUCAACUUCGUCCAGUACAGGGCCCUCCUCGAGGCGUGGAACGCGCGCAUGUGGCGCCGCUACAGCGGGCUGCUCAUCUGGAAGACGCAGAACCCGUGGCCGGGCCUACGUGGGCAGCUGUACGAUUGCCAGCUGGACCAGACCGCCGGGUUCUUCGGCGUGAAGUCCGCGUGCGAGCCGGUGCACGUGCAACUGGACCUUCAUUCGCGAGACGUUCAGGUCAUCAACACAACGUUUUCGGACGUCGACGCAAUUGUUUCGGCGACCAUCUACAACAUGGACGGGGCCAUCAUUCGCCGCCUUGAGCGCGGGCGCGCUCUUUUCCCGGCAGAUUCCGCUUCCGUUUCGUUCCGGCUGCGAGAGGAAACGGAACUUGACGUUCCGCCCGUGUACUUCGUCCUUCUCGAGCUCAAGAGACCGGAAGGCGGAAAGGUUUUGUCGCGGAACUUCUAUUGGCUGUCCAGAAACAACGGGGAUUUUCGAGCGUUGCAAGGGGGUUGGCGGAGGCGGCACGUGGAUGUCCACGUGCUGGUCAGUGGGCGCUUCGUGCCGCUCCAAUCUGGCGGCAGUCAACGGUCGGAACGGAAAGUUACAAGGUUUGGAGGGAAUGGACCGGGGCCCGAAGUGAGCGGAAUGGAUGCGGAAGGAAGCGGAACGGGCGUGGGCGGAAAUUAUGAGGUGUUGAUAGAAAUCAGCAACGGGGCGGAUGUAAGGGGAGAGGUUUCGAGUCUGACGGACGGAUGCGCUUCUGAACUGGAGGAUCGACGAGCGGGGGUGAGGUUGGUUGGGGUGGAAAAGGGGCAGGCCGAUGCAGGCCAGGAAUCAUGGAAGCACCAAAGUGCCGUCAUGAGUGACGUCAUGAGCAGUGGUCAAUGCGAUGAAAGGCCGGACGUCCGGUGCCGUGAGGGUAGGUUAGAAAAAGACGUGAGUGCGUCUGGUGUUGCGUUUUGGUUGCAUAUUGGCGUCUUGAAGUCGAGCGAAGGAGUUGGUGUCGGACCUUCGGAUAGCAAGUACCUGGAUCCACGCGUUUCACCUGUGCAUUACUCAGACAACUAUUUCUCUUUGGUUCCUGGAGAGAAGAGGUUGAUCACGGUGGAGUUUACACGAAGGUUGGAGAAGGUGAACGAGCAUCCGUCGAUCUUGAUUGAGGGUUGGAACGUACAACGGAGGGUCUUUGAGCUGAAAGCCCGUCGAUGAAACUGACGAUUGUCGCUGUGCUGACCCUUUUCACACACGCUUUCAGCGCACUUUAAGAAAAUGUGUGUCGAGUCGAGCUAGAAGUUGCAAACUGCAUGCCGCCAGCUCAGACUAUUCUCCAAUAUGGCAUCUGGUUGGAAGCUCAGAAGUUGCUUCGAGCCCAUAAGCUCGGUAGGCCGGGGCUGCAUACGAUGCGGGAUGCCAGCGGCGCCUGCGGCAAGGGCGGCUGGAAAGUGCGAAUAAGUACGAAACUUGAAGCUAGAC